CACACUUUCGUCUACUCUUCACUCACCUCGCCCUGUACAGCGCCAUAUCCACCACCACCAUCUAGCAUCACCACCGCCGACCACACCACUACAUCUCGCCCUCACCCCACCCCCACCCAAUGGCCACCCGACCCGCGCCGCCCGUCCCAUCGUCGGGACGGUCCAGGCGCGAUGUGCCCCCCGGCGCGACGGACCCGCGCUCGCGUCCCAAGCCGCGUAUCGGCCAAUACAUUAUCGAGAGGACGCUAGGGACUGGGAGUUUUGGCAAAGUCAAGCUCGCAACCCACGCCAUUACCGGCCACCAGGUCGCCCUCAAGCUCAUCAACAGGAGCAAGAUCACGACCCCCGACAUGAACGCCCGUGUCAAGCGUGAGAUCCAGUACCUCAAGGUCUUGCGACACCCGCACAUCAUCAAGCUCUACGAGGUGAUCACCACCCCCACCGACGUGAUCAUGGUCAUGGAGUAUGCCGGCGAGGAGCUGUUCAACUACAUUGUUGCAAAGGGCAAGGGUGGCAUGGAUGAGAACGAGGCCCGAAGGUUCUUCCAGCAGAUGAUCGGUGCAAUCGAGUACUGCCAUCGUCACCACAUUGUGCACCGUGACCUCAAGCCCGAGAACCUGUUCCUUGACUCGCACAACAACAUCAAGAUUGGAGACUUUGGUCUGUCUAAUCUGAUGACUGAUGGAGACUUCCUCAAGACGUCGUGCGGUAGUCCCAACUAUGCGGCGCCAGAGGUCAUCUCUGGAAAGCUGUACUCUGGCCCAGAGAUCGAUGUCUGGAGCGCAGGCGUCAUCAUGUACGUCCUCCUCUGCGGCAAGCUACCCUUCGACGACGACCACAUCCCCUCGCUCUUCAAGAAGAUUGAGAGUGGUAUCUACUCGAUGCCGUCUCACGUGUCCAAGGAGGCACAGCACGUCCUGAGACGCAUGCUCGUCGUCGACCCCGUCAAGCGUGCCACCAUCAACGAGAUUCGCCAGAUGCCCUUCUUCCUCGAGAACCUGCCAAACUACCUCCAGCCUCUCCCUGCGACUCCUAUGACGGAGCGCUACCCCACUCUCCCCAUGGGCGACCUGAGCACCUUGCUGUUGAUCAACGAGGGCCAGGCCGACCCCAAGAAGAUUGCCGAGGCCAAGGGCUUGACAUGGACCGAGGACCUGGGCAUCAUCGACCCCGACAUUGUCGACGAGCUGCUGCAGAAAAUCUCAACGUACACGCCGGAGAUGGUCAAGGACGCGCUGCAGAAGCCUGGCGACAACCAGGUCAAGGUCGCGUACCAGCUCGUGCGCGACCACAAGCAGAUUGUUCGCGACUGUGAGUUAAGAAUUGCCGCACUGUACUCGUUUGACGACGAGGACCAGUCCGCCAUGGAGGACUUCCUUGCAUCAUCACCACCGGCUUGGAACGCCGAGAUUCCCCACCACCAGCAGCCCCACGCCGAGGAUGAAAACGACCUCGACGAGGUCGACCCCGAGAUUCAGGACAUUCCCAACGCCCACUUUGACGUGCUCGAUAGCAGUCUUCCAGGCAAGUCUACGCCGCCAGGCGGCGAGACCCGGGAGCAGGAGGAUGCCGAGCGAGCUGCCCGCGCACUGCUCUCUCCUCCAGAGCCGCCCAUCCCCACGUUCGAGACCAAGCCGCUGCAGAAGCCCCGUUGGCACUUUGGUAUCCGCUCAAGGUCACCACCAAUGGAGGUGCUGCUCGAGAUCUACCGCGUGCUGCAGCAGAUCGGCAUGGAGUGGAAGCUCAAGGAUGUUCCGCUGCCCGAGAUUGGCCCUGUGCCGCCGGGAGGCCAGGGCUACACCGAGGAGGUUGACGACGCGCUGGCACGUUACCAGGCCGAGAAUCCCGACAAGGAGGUGGUCAUGGGCAAGCGCCCGCCAGGCAAGAAGGAGGCUGCGGCGAUUGAGAAGGCUGCGCAGUCGCUCUUCCUCAUCGAGACACGAGCACGCUACGACAACACGUUGAUCCGCAUGGACCUGCAGCUGUUCUACGUGGACAACUCUAACUUCCUCGUCGACUUCCGCAACGUGAGCUACACGCCUGUCCCGCCCACCGAUGGUGAGGAGCCUACCCGCCCCAAGGGUGCUGCGCUUGGCGGGGGUGGCGUAUCUGGCCCGUUCCAGUUCUUGGAAAUGGCGUGCCAGCUGAUUGCGGAGCUGGCGAGCGGAUAGGGAGGGGGAGUGAUUUUCGGGAGAAGCCUUGUCGUCGUCCUACACGGGUCAUUAGAUGGGUUUGUAGCUUUACGAGUUGUGAUUAUGGG